AGUCAACUAUCAAAAUGACGACAGCGGACAAUGAAAAGAAUAAGCGCAACGCGUCGCCAUUGCCUUCACCUUCUGCGUUCAUACAACGUCUGAAUAGCUACUCCAAGCAUGGUUUUGAUAUUCCUGACCAUAUUAGAGUCAAAUUUGCUCCCAUAAAUGUACCCCGCCAUCGGAGACUCCAAACGGCUGCAGUCGCAACUUGGGCACUCAUAUUGCCUAUUUCGUUCUCGCUCUUUCUGCUCUGCCUCUCAUUCCCUCCGAUUUGGCCGAUAUUGAUCCCAUACCUUAUUUGGGCAUUCCUUAUCGAUAACGCACCGGAAGAUGGAGGAAGGGCGAGAAAAUGGUUUAGGGAUAGUAGAAUAUGGAAAUUCUUUGCCGAAUAUUAUCCUGUUUCAAUGGUAAAGGAGGAUGAAUUACCAUCUGACAAAGCCUACGUAUUCGGUUACCACCCUCACGGGAUUAUAGGAAUGGGAGCACUAGCUAACUUUGCAACUAACGCUACAGGAUUUUCUUCAUUAUUUCCUAACAUAAACCCACAUUUAUUAACUCUAACAGCUAAUUUUCAAGUACCGUUCUACAGGGAUUUGCUCCAAUCGAUGGGUAUCUGUAGCGUUACAAAGCGCAGCUGUGAAAGGAUCCUUAGAAAGGGACCAGGAAACGCCAUUACUAUUGUUGUAGGUGGUGCAGCUGAAAGUUUGAACGCACAUCCAGGUACUUCCGACUUAAUCUUGAAGAAGAGAUUAGGAUUUAUUAAAAUUGCUAUCAGGGAGGGCGCUAACCUUGUUCCUGUUUUCUCCUUCGGCGAAAAUGAUAUUUAUCAGCAAUUGGCGACUGAAGAUGGUAGCACUAUCCACAAAUUACAAAAAACAUUCCAGAAGAUUUUCGGUUUCACACUUCCCUUGUUCCACGGCAGAGGUAUAUUCAAUUACAACCUCGGUUUGAUGCCAUACAGACAUCCAAUUGUUUCGGUUGUAGGAAAAGCAAUUGAAGUUGAACAAACGUCAAACCCAUCACAGGAGAUGCUAGAAGAUGUACAAUCGAGGUACAUUGAUGAGUUGAUGAGAAUCUGGGACAAAUAUAAAGAUAUCUACGCAGCUAAUCGUACUCGUGAAUUAACAUUAGUUGAUUAAUGUACUAAUAAAUAACUCUUGAACUGA